AUGGAGGCUGAGGAAGAUCCUUUUGUCACAGUCAAUCGGUGUCCAUACCUGGAGCUUUUGCCGCCAAACACGUGUGACCGUCGCUUUCCCAUUCGCUGUCUCUUGCGCAAGUCCCACGCGCAACCAUUGGGCAGGGUCUUCGAAGGAAGUGCCCCUCGCAAGAAAGUGGUAGACAAUUUCGUACGACAACACCUCAAGGCAGUCACGCACAUAGCUGCAGCUGCCAGAGCAGCAGCAGCUCUGUCUGAACAUCCACCAAUUCAGCAGGGUCAGCAUGAUGUUCAAAACAUGUCUGCGUGUCAGGGCUUGUCACCGACACAUGGUGAAUCGUCGCGCUCUGGGGCCUUUGCCAAUGAGUUCUUGCUCUGGGCCAGGUUCACCAAGCUCGCAAAAAGCUUUACGAAGCACAGCUAUGUUUAUAGCAUUGCUGAACAGGAGGUGAAGGUUCACCACGAGGAAUGUGAAAAGGUCACUGGUGAGACUGAUGGUCAAGGAAGAUUCAUUUGCACCAUGUGUCAAAAGAACCAGUUGGUCCAAGCAUCCCUCAAGAGCGCAAUCCGUUUUGCUUUGAAACACUGGGCUGCCCGGAUUUUGCAGGCUAGGCUCUUCAAAUCUGAUGAAGCCAGGGAAGAGAUUCAGCAAGAGUUUCGCAAGACAGCCCUUUACCGGUACAACCAAAAGCGAGGGGACGAGAUUCUCAAGCAGACUGACGCUCAACUCCAGAAGUGGGUUCGACAAGCAUGGCUCAAGGUUUCCAAGGACUGCUUCACUGAUGAAUUGCAAGCUUUCGUCCAGUCGAUCGUGAAGCCAACGCUGCUGGUCAAUGUCGAGGAGUGCCAGGGUGAGCUCCGUCAAUUGGCCCACUUCUAUACAUCCCAAUUGGCAUCAGGAGAGCUUUCAGAAAUUAGCCAGGUCCACUGCCGCAUUGUCAAAGCUGUCAGCUCGGGCCGUUUGAUGGGGCACCCAGCUGCGCUGGGCAUUCUGCUGAAAUGUAUCGACAUGCAAGAGAAGCAAGAGAAAGGCAUAGAGAAUCAUCGAAUGAGAAAAAUGACGGACGUGGAGGCAGGUGUCAUCAACGAGGCAGCAGUCCUCUUGGCUUGCAACGGGGCAAGUGCAGAUCUCAUGAAAACCCUUGGAUUUUCCAAGAGCAUGAUCUUGAGAACGUACUCCAGAUUGGACACCUUGCUGGAGCAAGGACUGCCCAAUCCAGCAUUGGCACUCCUGUUUCCCGAGGUCACAGAACAGAAUGAGAUUGUGCGCAUGAUGGAUGAGUUGCUCCAUCGUUGCCAAGACUACGUCCGAGUUUUCCUCUUCGAUGGCGAGGCUUGCAACCAACUCUUGAAGAGCAUCAUUUUUGGCCAGCUGGAUGCGCAUCAUCGACGUAGCGUCAUGGACUUGAAGUUCUUCUCGAAGUUGACCUUUGGUGAGCGCCCAGGUCUUUCAGUGCUGCCCAGAUGCCCAAUCAAAUCCUGUUUCUUCGACCAGGAUCAGAUUUUUGCAAUGCAGGGACCAUCCCAUGCAUUAAAGAACACAGCAGCGCAGAUUUGUGCAGAGGGCAAAGUGGUGUUCUUCGGGAAAUUCAUGACAGACUGCUCAGGCAUGCUGGCCAAUGAUUUGCCGCUCCCUGCGUUCAACAGAAAGGAUGGCAUGAGCGAUCGCCUGACCGCACUCCUUUCAUCACCCAUGUAUCUCAUUCCAAAUGAGGUUCUCGGAGUGGCAGAGAUUGAUGAUGUUUGCAUCCCCUGGAUGAAGGCAUGUGCCAAAAAGGCUUUGGCAGCAGCGUUGCUUCUGGUCAGCAAAUGCUCCGGAAUUGAGACACAAGAUUUGGAAGCCCUGUAUCGGAAGGAGUCGGUGGGUGACUUUUUCACCUACGAGGAGGAAACCAGAGAGGUUGAUCUCCUUGAGCAUGCUUACAUGGAGGUUGAAUGCGAGGAGGCCAUGAAGGCAGAGCACAAUGAGUUCCAGCAUGUCUUGACCCAGAUUGAGUCAGUGGCCCAGGAAGAGUAUGCUGAUGAUGAGAACAGCGAUGGAGAUGGAGAAGCCCCACAGCCUGUGGAUCCUGACAGAUUGCUUCCAGAUGGUGAGGAUUUGAUCAAUCUGACAACCUGUGCAGAUUCGCCUUCAGAUGAUGCCCCGCUGCCUUACCCCAAGACCUUGGAGGAGGAGGGGUUUUAUGCGAUCUCGCAGAGCAACUUCUGGUGUGGACUCUGGAAGUUGAGCGUGCACCUCCGGUGUGGGAAUCACGGCUUGGACAAUUUAUAUUUGUCUAAAGCAGAGCAGGUCCGAAAGCGCAGCAGGGCAUUGAACUGGCACCAGUCUUUGGAGCACCAGCUACAAGAGAUCAGGGCAGAUGAAGAUGAAAUGUUGGCUGGCCAGAGAGGAUCUCGAGUCUCUAAAUGGAUCCAACACUCGAAGGAUGUGCGGGAGAAGGUUGGAUUGAGCGCUCCAGAGAAGCUCCAGAUUGGCAAAGUGGUUGUGCUGAAUCUUGGUCCCACUAUUCUGCCAGCGCCGGCUUUGGUUCAUACUGUAUGGCCACGCGCAAAGAAGUCCAGGCCUUGUUCACAGGAAGUUGCAGUGUCAUGCCUCAAGACAUUCCGUGCCACCAUCCUGACGGGUGGAGAGGCAGAUCAGCAAGAAGGGAAUGUGCUGGUGCCAUCGAGCAGGACGUGGAUGUACGGUUCCGAGCACUUGUUAGCAAUCUUGGACGUGAACCAGGAUGCGACCAACGUGGAUGCAGGAAAAAUUGUUUUGACAGAUCAAUCCAUGUCUGCCAUUACUCAGAUUCAAGCGCUAGAUGUUCCUGAUCUUCCAGAUGGACAGAGGGGCAGUGGCAAACGCAAGAAACGUGCGGGCAAAGGCAAACUCAAGGGCAAGUUGUGGUCUGUGGCAUCUGUGCGGAAAUCAAAGAAGGCUGUUUCGACAGGAACAGACGGGCUGCCAAUGCCCGAGGAGUUCCGACGCAGCAUUCCAGGUCGCCGAGUCAUCCGCAACACGAUCAUGAAGGCCGGUGAGAUAGAGAGUUUCCGAUUCUCAGCAAACCCGUGCUUCGACAAAGUGACCCAGAAAUGCCUUCUCAAGGAUCGCAAGGACUAUGACUGGAAGCGGUUCAUUGAAGACGUCCCAUUCCUUUUUCAAAGCCGCUUUUUCCAGACCCGGAAUGCAGAGAGAUUCGGGCGUCUUGUCCAUCAGGAUAUUUCAGCAAUCUUCAAGCAGCUCCAGGGUACCAAGCCAGACCGCAAGGCAUACAUGACGUUGAUUGCUGAGUGCCAUGAUGCAAAAUUCGGCAACGGCAAGCUCUUUUCCAAGCUGGUGUAG